GUAGUUUUUCGGGAUAUAAAAAUGGAUGCGCCCAGGUGCCAGUGAUCUGUUGUGUUUUGAUGUAAAUAAUAUCAUUUUUGUCUUGAUUCGACUCUUGAAACGUCUCUCACUGCAGGAGGAACAUAGAAGAUGGAAAUAAUUGAUGAAAGUGCAGCUAUGCUGAGCAAUUAUGAGGUCUACACUCUGUUGAAUGAGUUAGCCGUUAACAUCAAAGGCAAAAGGAAGGCGAAUGCGAGUCAACAAAACUUAGCUACAAUAUCAUACGAGACCAUUAAAUAUUUGGAGAAGACACCAUGUGUGGAACAGAAUGAAGAAGUAAUUGGAGAUUUUUUGAAAUGUUUGGAGCCAUAUAAAUUAACCAAAGCAGAAAAAAUGCAGUUAUUAAACAGUAGACCAAAAAGUGCAGUAGAAAUCCAGUUGAUGAUUGAGGAAAGUGAGGAAAGACUUACAGAAGAACAAACAGAGGAGUUGUUGGAUCUAAUUAUUACAAAGCUGCCAUGCAAAGAAGAUAUAGCAGAAGGAGGUGAACAGCAAAUGGAGCAGUCAUGAUAUUCUUUUUAAGUUCUGGCAAACAUGACCAUAGCAACAAGUUCAAAACCCAAUAUUUCCUUAUCCAAUUGAUCGUAAUAUAUAUUGUUUUCAGACUAUCUAUUUUUUAACUACUUGCAUGCGUGUCAGAUGCAACAACGGGUAUAACCUUUAACCUUUUAUGAAUGCAGUUGAUUGAAAGGGUAAUGGCAAAAUAGUUAUUUGAUUGAUGGCAAUGUCAAUUACAUGCAUGAUUUCAAUCCAGUACUGUCAAUAGUUGGUCAUAGGGUGAUUGUGUGCGUUGUCAACAAUUAUAAGUAAACCGCAUUGCGAGUAAAAUUUUGUAAAUUUAGGAGUGGUUUUAGAAUUAUUAAUCCACCCAAAAAGUGUACAACAUACUGUGCUCUGGAUUAUAUAUUAUGGAAUGCACCAUCGUAAAAGUGGUUUGAACUAACCAGUUCUAAAUCGUGGAAUCUUGUGACGCGUAUAACGAACUAGUCAGCAACUUAGCUGCCAAUAAUGGUGAAAGUAAGCCGAUAUUUUCCGACAGCACAAGAGGUUUACAUAAACAAAAGUUUUUGGUAGAGCUCUCGGUGAAAUUUCCCAAAACUGUCCAUUCUUCAGAUUUGUCUACAACGGAACCCCAUGGCACCUUCAUUGCAUUUCAAUCAGCCUGGAAUCAAGCCAUUCCAAGUAUAUUUGAGAAUGGCCUGGUGAACCCACGACUCGUGAAAGCUUGCAGACCAAUUCACUUGAUAAUUAUACAUGUACUUCUACAUUUCAAUAGAAUAUAUUGUUUGUAUUUAUUUUUUGCUAAACAAUGUACAUUUUCACUAAAAUGUUGGUGUGAUGCAUCAUGGAACUGAAAAAAGUACAACAAAUAAAACUAAGAACUUAAAAUCAACAA